UCUGUGCUCUCUUGAUUUAUCUUUGUUGCCCGCAAGGUGCGCAACCAGAGGAAGCUCCGCACGUGUGUAACAAACAGCGUCCUAUUUACAUCUCAGACAAGCGCAUCGCGCUUUAUUAUCCGAUUACCAGCCGAAUGGCUCACGACGCAAGGAUUCGACUCCUCGUCACCUCUCUCGCUCUUCUCUCCGUCGUCGCCGCCCAAAGCAGGACGCAAUCGAAGGCAAUAACCGGGCCGUGCAGCCCAAACGAGUGCGGCGUACAGGGUGAGAGGUAUGGUGACGUCAUCAUUGGUGGUCUUUUUCCUGUUCAUAAGGCGAGUAAAGACGAACAGGGCGCCGUCAAGUGUGAGGACUUAUCGAGAACGUUGAACGAAUUCGGAUUCGAGCGUCUCGAAGCGAUGCGAUACGCCAUUUUGAAAGCAAACGAGGAGAAACUGUUGGGUGAUAUCAAGAUCGGGUACGAAAUGAGAGAUACGUGUCAGGAUAGUAGCUACGCGCUUCGCGAAUCGCUCUCGUUUCUCAACAUCGAGGCGGUUACGACCCCCAAUUAUCGCUUUACGGUGGGCGUUGCCGGGGCAGCGUCAAGUGGCAUCUCGACCGCUGUGACCGACUUGCUCAACUUAUUUGGUGUGCCACUCGUCAGUUAUGCGUCGACUUCGGCCGCUUUGAGCGAUUCGAAGCGUUAUCCGUCAUUCUUUCGCACGCUACCGCCGGAUAAGUUCCAGGCGGAGGCGAUGGUCGAUAUUGUGAAGCGAUUUGGAUGGCGGUACGUGCAUACGGCCCAUUCGAGCGACUUAUACGGGAAAGCCGGCAUCCAGGAGUUUAUCAAAGCAGCCAAAGAGGCCCGGAUCGAUAUUGGUACACAAAUGGAGUUGUCGAGAGGAGAUGGUGAUGUGGAGAAGGAUCGAGCGGCCGUUCAGGCUGCAGUUCGAAAAGUAUUAGGGAAUGUGACAGACGACAAUCCGUUGAGUAGAGGGAAUUUGAUGGUUAUAUUUGCUCAUCUCGAUGUUGCAAAGAACCUGAUGGCCGCAAUCAAGAACACGACCAAGUUGAAAGAUCGGAAUUUUACGUUCAUUGGGUCAGAUUCGUGGGGCGACAAGGUGGAGGCCGUGUAUGAUCCAGACGAGGAUAUUAAUAGUAUCGAUGUUGCCAGGGGGAUGCUGUCGGUCAUACCCGAAUCGGUGAAGGUGGCGGAAUUCGAAGAGCACAUGAAGAAUCUAAAUCCAAAGAACUACACCGAAAAGCAGAAUCCGUGGUUCGCACAGUACUGGGAGAAACAGUUUGGGUGCGACCCUCGAGGAAAUACCAAUGCGUCGAUCGUGUGCCAGAACAAUAACUCGUUGGCGUCGGUUAGUCAUCAUCUCGACAGCAAAGUCGCGUACGUCAUCGACGCUGUCAACGUGUUCGUGUACGCAUUACGGAAUCUGUUAAAGGACAAGUGCAAUGGCAAACUCGAGAUGUGCAGCAAUGUGAGCUUGUGUUUCAACGAGACGCAGUUCUGUUCGAGCGAAUUCAAAGAGUACAUUCAAAACGUGACGUUCCCGGCUCAGUCAAAAGUCGAUUUCAAAUUCGACAAAGGCGACUUCGUUCAGGCGAAAUACGACAUCAAGAAUCUUCAUAUCAAUAAAAAGUUGCUUCCACCACAAAACAUCGACUUCAUCAACGUUGGAGUAUGGCAGCUCAGCAAUACGGUAUCCGAUAAUAACGACUCCAGCGAUGACUCGAAUCUUCAGUUUUUAGCCGAGGAAAAGAUUGUGUGGAUAACCGGUAAGAGUGGAGUGGACAACGCGCCCGUGGAGAACUGCAGCAACGAGUGUCAGCUUGGUCAGUUUAAGUUCCGACUUCGAGUUGGAAUGAGUGGAGAAAAAGCGUACACGUGUUGGAGGUGUGAGGAUUGUAAUGAAAAUCAUCAUUACGUCUCAUACGAGAGCAGUUCGUACGGCGAAUGUCAACCCUGUCAACCGGAUGCGACGAAUAACGAACAACACACGGGCUGCAUCAAGCUGGAGGUGGAAUACCUCGAACAUGGAGAUGGCCUCGCAGUCUUUCUCAUAAUUCUCGCCAUCGUUGGAAUCACGUUGGUCUCGAUAACGUUUGCUGCGUUCUUCGCUAAAUGGGGCACACCUAUUGUCAUGGCAUCGAGUCGAGAGCUGAGCGUUGUUCUCCUGUCAGGCUUGCUGCUCUGCUUUCUGCUGACGUUUGUCUUCAUUGGUGAACCGACUGAUAUAACAUGUGGUAUACAACGGUUUUGUCCCGUCAUGUUUUUGUCCAUGGUCUUUGGUGCCCUUCUCAUCAAGACCAACCGAAUUUCCCGUCUGUUCAAUCGUGCGGCGAACGUCCAGCGACCGCCGUUCAUCAGUCCAUUGAGUCAGGUCGUGUUCACCGGCAUCAUUGUCAUCAUGUCGUGUUGUAUCGCCGCCGUGUGGUUGCUCAUCUCGCCUCCCGAAGCUGAAACGCAGAUCGACACGAACAACUUCAAAGUCAUUCGCAUCUGCAAGAAUCUCGUUGAUCCGGGACUUCUCAUCACGUGGCUCUGGAUCUUCGCUCUCAUCAUCGUAUGCACCUAUUACGGAUUCAGAACGCGCAAGAUCCCUGAGAACUUCCGUGAGACCAUGUUCAUCAGCUUUGCUGCCUACUCCGAGUGCAUCAUCUGGCUUGCAUUCAUCCCGUUCGGCUUCAUCGGGUUAGACGAUCAGUACAUCACUGCCAUCGUCGCUCUUGCUAUCAUGCUGAGUGCUCUAGCAGCAUGGGGCUGCCUAUUUGUCCCCAAACUCUAUAUCGUUCUCUUGAGGCCGGAAAGGAAUCGACGGCAAUCGACGAUGCGACGCUCAUCUCGACCAUCUAUGGGUGAUACAGGCAACGUGGGCUCGUACACGCAGGGAACCAGCAGCAGUGAUGAGAAGGAAAACGGCGAUGCGUCGCACUCAAAACCAGCUCGACUCAAUAGUGUACACUUUAUCAAUGCAGUUUAAGGCCAUUUUAGCCCAUUGUGGUAGGAUACGUUACUAAGCAUCAUGCCUGCUGGCAAUACAUUACACAAGAUGAGGAUGUAGCUAUGAUUACUGGUAUAAUGAGUACAUUUUUGGCUGCUAAUUGUUUUUUUAAUUUGUAGUUGGUAAGUGUAUUGCUAUCAGACUUGUAGGUUCCUGUGUUGCGUAUCAGAUUAAAAUAUGGUGUAAGUUGUA